GCCGUUUCGGCGGUGCGCGGGCGGGGAGGGCCGAGCCGUGUGCCGGGCGCUGCCCUGCGGCCGUCGGCCGUGACGGCGGCGGGUUCGGUGGUUGAGCGCGUGGGACGGACGCGGCUCCGUCAGGUAGGCGCGCCAUGGCGGGGCCCGCCCCGCAGCACGGAGCGGACGCGUCCUUCGGCGAGCAGAGCUUCGGCUUCAGCGCCGCGGAGCUCAGCCUGGUGGAGAUGACGGACAUGGAGUACGGCCAGCUGCAGCACGCGCUGUACGCGCACGUGGAGCCGCGGGCCGCCGAAGGCGAGGCCGAAGCCGGGCCCGGCGCUGCCGUUUCCCCCGACGAGGGCUGCGCCUCCUGCGGCCCCGCCGGCCCGCCCGCCUUCCCCGGCCUCGGCCAGGCGGGAGCGACCGCCGACGGCGGCGGGCCCGGUUCGAACCCCUGCCUGGGCCGCGCGGACUUCCAGGAGCUCAGGAUGAUGUUGCUCGGUGAGGUGAACCCCCCCGCCGGCCAAGCAGACAAAACGCCCAAGGGCGGCUCUGAGGAAGGCUCGGGGCGCGGCUCGUUGAGGGCGAAACACGGUGAGAGCUUUGCUGGGGUGAGCAAAGGGAGCGUAGUGGUUGAGCACGUGGCGAUGGCAGCCGAGCCCAGAUCGAAAUCUGCAGUCAGAGUUCGAUUGGAGGACAGAUUCAACAGCAUCCAGACAGAAAACCCCAGAUGCCAAGAACCCCAAGAAUCUGGAGUGACUCUUAACAACUUGGUAACGUUGAUUCGGCAGCCGUCAGAGCUGGUCGGCGUCCCCCUUCAUCAACAUCAGAACAAGUGUGCAGCAGUGGUGAAAAACAAGAGCACACCCACCACGCCUUCUCCACAGUUCACACAUCCACUGUUUGCCAUGAAUGCGUGUUCUGCUGCUGGAACUGCUAAUUCCUCACAGGCUCAGGCCUCUGGAACAUCUUGUGCUAUCUUGGAAUCUGCCAAACAUCAAGAGAUUGGGAUUCCCAGAACAUUCUCUUUCUGUUACCAUCAGGAAAUGGAAUCCACAAAACAGACAGUAGGUGCUAUGAAUAAAGCUUUGCCCGAGGAAGUUUGGAUUAAAGUUGGAGAAGACAGCUUAUGCAAGCAAGCGAUAAACAAAAGAAGUUGCAGCCGAAUAAGCCCAAUGGAUGCAAACAUAGAUCGCAAACCUCUUAGUGAGAUACAAAAUAUGCGAGAUAGCCAGAGUACUGCAGCUGCCCAGGGCCCCUGGCAGUCAGCACAGUCACAUUCCAGUGUGCAGGUACAGAGUGGUACGCAGGAAGGAGUUACUCAGCGAAGAGAAAGACAUAACCGCAUGGAGAGAGACAGAAGGCGCAGAAUCCGGAUUUGUUGUGAUGAACUGAAUCUUCUGGUUCCGUUCUGCACUGCUGAUACUGAUAAAGCAACAACCUUACAGUGGACAACUGCAUUUCUGAAGUACAUUCAGGAAAAGCACGGUGAUUCUCUGAAACAGGAAUUUGAGACUGUGUUCUGUGGCAAAACAGGCAGGAGACUGAAAGUGCCCAGAUCGGAUUCGUUUGUAACAUGUCCAGUUCAGGAGAAUGUGCAGCAUGGCUAUGGAGACCAAGUAGCCUUGAAUUGUCUAAGUGUGGAUAAAUAAGGAAUGACCCAAACUGUA